ACUGCUUAGGGGGUUGGGAGCGUCCGGUCUAACGUUAUUCGGACAGCGGUCGAUUUCCCACAAACUCGAGUUGUGAUGUCGUUUUUGACAGUGUUCUAUAGCCAACAGUUUCAUAGUUGCAACGUUAUAAUCAACGUUUGAAGUACGAUCGUUGGCAUUAAUAAAUUUGCGUUUUCGCAGCAAUCACCGAAAACAGGAGGAAAAAUAGUAUAACGUUGCCAUAGCGUCCUGCCAUUCUUAGUUUAUCAUCGACCGUCUCGAGCGUUCGAUAGACGCAGUGUUGCAGUAGAUCCGCUCCAACACAGUGGAAACGUAUCAGUUCGAAUCGCGCCUUCAUGUCGCCACGUUACGAAUCGAAGAAACCACCUAAGCAAAAUCAAUUGAAGUCGAAAUUCCACUUGGACAAUUAUCGCCACCAUUCAAAUGGGAUCGCAAGUCUCGCAGCCGGUGAUAGUUGAACAAGUGCGGCCGGGACUCUACUGUUGCCGAUGGCGGAUGGCAGAGAGCGUUCGCGAUUUCCGUUGUUACGCGAACGCGUUCAAACUACGUGGCCGUCGGCCCAACUCGUACAGCAUCACGGCCACCUGGAUCGAGAAGAAGUACACCGUUAUUGUGGAAGCGUCACGAGAAUCUGUUCAGAAAUCUAGUCAGCCCGAAACGGCUAAAUUAUUCAGCAUCGGAGAAGAUGAGUUGGACACCGAUGCCACACUUUCUGCACGAGAAGAGAAAAGAAGAGAUUUGCCGCAAUCCGUCUGGAUCAGUUACGGAGGCGGGCAGAAUCAAAUUUUACCUGAAUUAGCACCUGGUGUUUGGAGAACGAACGAUUUCCAGUUCAACACUUCACUGGGCCAACGCUCAUUACCUUACAGGGUAAUGACCGGGAGGCCAUGGGCGGGAUGUGGAUUGACGUUUCGUUUGUGGAUGGACUUCCAGACGACCAGUCGAGGAGAAAGGACGGCAUUGAGACAUUUCAGCGAUGCCUUCAAUAAUCAGAGCUAUUGUGAUGUCCAAUUUGAGCUCGGAUCAGAGACGAUAGGAGCCCACGUCGCUGUACUUUCAGCUCGAAGUUCCGUUUUCUCCGCCAUGUUCCACAAUGACAUGCAAGAGUCUAAUACGCGACGCGUAGUUAUUUCGGAUAUUGAGCCACCCGUUUUCAAACAACUGCUGCAUUACAUGUACGCAGGUAAAGCACCUGAUCUGCAACUUCUAGCCGAUGAAAUGGCCCAGCCGUUGCUGUUGGCCGCUGAUAAAUACGACGUCCAGGACCUGAAAGACGAAUGCCAAGCGUUGAUGAGAUCGCGACUGACUGUUGACAACGCAUUCGAUAUUCUCGUGUGGGCUCAUUAUCAUUCUGUGACUCGAUUAACAGAAGCUGCUUUGACAUUCGUGGCCGAGUGUGACGAAGAAACGUGCGCCGCUCAAUCCGAUCUGGAAGAAAUGAACAAAGUGUGUCCAGAACUCUGUAAUCUCAUCGCCAAUAAACGCACGUUGAUGAACAACCCGUCCUUGUGCCUCUGUUGAUAUUUGUAUAGAUUUACUGGGAAAAUUGUGUGCCGUUUUGUAUUUUGGCCGUCGAAUAGGUUGUUUUCGAUUGUAUCUGGAUAAUAUAUGUUUUUUAUGAACA